GCUAAUCAAGAAGUUAUAUUAAACCGUCCCUCGGAAGUUUCUGAUGCUCGGUUUAUGCAUUCUUUUAACAACACGUCCGCUGUUUACGAUUUACUGGCUAUUGCCUUGGCUAGAACGGGAAAUUUCGUAAUUCUGUCUCGUACUCUUGAAAAGUCGCUGAAGUUCUCUUAUCGGGAGUUCCAUAUUUGGUAUCAGUUCGCCCUCUCGUUGAUCAGUGCUCGAAAGUAUUAUCGGGCGUACCUGGUACUUCGUGAAUGUCUUCGCUUAGAUUCAAGCAAAUUAUCAGUGUACUUUUUGGCCAGUUCCCUAUGUUUGGGCCAUCUGGGUUUUAUCGAAGACGGUUUUGAGUUAGCAACGCAAGCUGUGGCCGUGUCGUCUGCUCUCAAUGAUCCAGUCAUGAAUGCCAGGUCUCAUCUCAUAUUGGGUUGGUGUUUCUCUUUACUCGCGCGGGACUGUCUUGUGAUGGAUAAGAAGCGCGAGUUGCAAUCACAGGCAGUCAAUGAGUAUAAGUUACCGCAGUUGGGUAUAAAGUACAAGCAAUUGCCAGACGACUUGGUCAGAGCGACUCAACUGGACUCUGAGGAUUAUCUGGCGUGGUAUCAUUUGGCGGUUGAACUAGCUACACAACGACAAAUUGAAGACGCAUUGGUUGCCUGUCAGAAGAGUUUGCGAUUGAUGCCUAGUCAUUCGAACACCCUAUGUUUGUUUGUGUUGCUGCACACGGCCGGAGGCAAACACAUGGAACAAGCUUCUAAAAUCUUGCGCAUUGGGCUCGCCAGUCGACCGAAUGACAUCAACUUAUUACUGUUAUUGGCUAAGGUGGAAAUGGUUCGACAGAACCCUAAAGUGGGUCUUUUCGUCUACCGUCGUUUGCUAGAAGUCUGGAGAGACACAUUCGCACCCGAGUCUGACUCCAGUUUCUUGGAUCGUGUCGCAGGCCCUGCAGAUGCGUAUUCGAUGCACAACAACGCGAAUGAAGAUUUCGCUCUACCAACCACUGUCGCAGCUCCCACAGCUUUCGAUAUGGAAGAAGAACCGACCGUGCCCGCCAUGCUAUCGGAGACCAAUUAUCUGUCGGCUGCCCUGGCUGAUAUCGCUCACGGUUUGGUUGGCCAGAUCGGUUCCGCCAUCCCACCAGUGAUGCGGUCAACCCGGUCAACAGCACACACUUUGUCACCAUCGAUUCGUCUACAAGCGAAAAUUUACCAGGGAUUAGCCGAAUUGUAUAUGGAUAAUGGACAACUGAAUGAAGCGAAGGAUGCGUUGGACGAGGCAGCCAAAAUCACCAAUUUGGAUGUGGAAACAUUAUUCUUGGUAAUUUUUUGUUUGCAUUUCAUGUUUAUCAUCGUUUCUUACAACGUUCUACUCACUUAUACUCGGUAA